UUUCCGUUUGGACCACUUUUCAGUCGGAGACAGUUGAGAGCCGAACAAUCACUUCCGGCAAAUUGUUUGGUUAGCAAAGGUGAAAUUAGCUCGGCCCUACAUUGAAAAUAUUUGCAUCUGCUAACCAAUCUUUAUAGUUCACUUUAACGGAUUCAACGUGUUCGGAAACAACAAUGUAGAGAUCGGGAUCUUGUUUUUUUUUAUAUAAUACUUUUCUAACACAAUUUUGAACGUCGGUAGCUCACUAGCUUAGCGGCGUUGUGAGCUUCAGCUGUCUGACUCGAGCUAGAAGUUGGCUCGACGGUAACCAACUAGCUAGCUACCAACAAGGUGAAGGGACCCCCAAAACAAAAGUUAUAUUGGAAAAGUUAUUGCACAGUUAAGAAACAAUAGUUAGCUGCUACACAACACACCACUGGCUGCUUUUAAAUUUGAGAAAACAUUAUUUUAAGCCAAACCAUUUGUAAAAGAACUGAGAUUUUCAUGUGAGCGCUAGAGGUAGUUUAGGUAUAUUAAUGGGAGGCGGGUUGAGUGCAUCUUGUCGGCGACACUUGAGAAGGAGUAGGUUUCGGCGACCUGCCAGGCUUGAAUGGAGUCGCUGGCUGGCUACGUUUAUAAAGCGGCCGGCGAAGGUCGCGUCUUGACGCUGGCGGCUCUUCUCCUCAACCACUCCGAGUCUGAGACUCGGUAUCUGCUGGGCUACGUGACCCACCUCGCCGGCCAAAGAUCCACUCCUCUCAUCAUCGCAGCUCGAAACGGACACGACAAAGUUGUGCGGCUGCUUCUGGACCACUAUAAAGUAGACACUGAACAGACGGGAACAGUCAGAUUUGACGGGUAUGUGAUAGAUGGAGCUACAGCCCUGUGGUGUGCGGCCGGCGCGGGGCACUUUGAGGUAGUCCGGCUGCUUGUGACCCACCUGGCCAACGUGAACCACACCACCGUCACCAACUCCACCCCUCUGAGGGCAGCCUGUUUCGACGGGCGCCUGGACAUCGUCCGCUACCUGGUGGAUCACAACGCCAACAUCGGCAUCGCCAACAAGUAUGACAACACCUGCCUGAUGAUCGCAGCCUAUAAAGGUCACACAGACGUGGUGCAGUUCCUGCUGGCGAAGGGGGCCGACUCCAACGCCAAAGCCCACUGCGGCGCCACCGCGCUGCACUUUGCCGCCGAGGCCGGCCACCUGGACAUCGUCAAGGAGCUGGUAAGUUGCCAUGCCGCCAUGGUGGUCAACGGCCACGGCAUGACUCCUCUGAAGGUGGCGGCUGAGAGCUGCAAGGCGGACGUGGUGGAGCUGUUGCUGCUGCAUGCUGACUGUGAGCCGCGGAGCCGCAUCGAGGCGCUGGAGCUGCUGGGGGCGUCCUUCGCCAACGACCGCGAGAACUACGACAUCCUGAAGACAUACCACUACCUGUUCCUGGCCAUGCUGGAGCGCUGCCGAGACCCUGCCAACCCCAUCCCCAAGGAGCCCGGCCCGGCCGUGGAGGCGUACGGGGGCCGGGGCGAGUGCUCCACCCCCCAGGAGCUGGAGGCCAUCCGGGGGGACCGCGACGCACUGCACAUGGAGGGGCUAAUGGUGCGCGAGCGCAUCCUGGGCUCGGACAACAUCGACGUGUCGCACCCCAUUAUCUACCGCGGCGCCGUGUACGCAGACAACAUGGAGUUCGACCAGUGCAUCAAACUGUGGCUGCACGCGCUGCAGCUCAGGCAGAAGGGAAACCGCAACACCCACAAGGACCUGCUGCGCUUCGCCCAGGUCUUCUCCCAGAUGGUGCACCUGAAGGAGGCGGUGUCGGCGGGGGCAGUGGAGCAGGUGCUGCGCUGCUGUGUGCUGGAGGUGCGGAGGAGCAUGGCACGCGUGGAGACGGCCCCGGAAGCAGAGCUGCCCGCCACCAUGGACAGCUACGAGUCCAACCUGUUCACCUUCCUCUACCUGGUCUGCAUCUCCACCAAGACGCUAUGCGGGGAUGAGGAGCGCGGACGCAUCAACAAGCAGAUCUACAACCUGAUCCAGCUGGACCCGCGCUCCCGCCAGGGAAGCUCCCUGCUGCACCUGGCCAUCAGCUCCAACACGCCCGUGGACGACUUCCACACCAACGAUGUGUGCAGCUUCCCCAGCGCCCAGGUCACCAAGCUGCUGCUGGACUGCGGCGCCCAGGUCAACGCCGUCGACAACGAGGGGAACAGCCCGCUGCACAUCAUCGUUCAGUAUAACCGGCCAAUCAGCGACUUCCUGACACUGCACGCUAUCAUCAUCAGCCUGGUGGAGGCGGGGGCGCACACGGACAUGACCAACAAGCAGAAGAAGACUCCGCUGGAUAAGAGCACCACAGGUGUGUCGGAGAUCCUGCUGAAGACCCAGAUGAAGAUGAGUCUGAAGUGUCUGGCGGCCCGCGCGGUGAGGCAGCACCAGAUCACCUACCACAACCAGAUCCCACGCAGCCUGGAGGAGUUUGUGGAGUUCCACUGACGCUCCGCCACACACAGAACCAGUAGAGAAAUACCACACAAAAUACUCUUAAUCAAAUUUUUUUGUAUUGGUAUGAUGUUUUUUAUUGUUAUCUAACGAAUCUAAACUAUGGUUCUGGGUGAAGGUGAUACUGAUGGAACAGUUUCAAAUGCAUUUGUUUUAUAAAUGACAGUUGCUUGUGUCUAUUGUAAGUAUACAUUGUGGAAAAACCAGCACUCAUAGUAGGUAUGGGCCACCAUGUCUCUGGUGGUUUUCAAACUGGAGUUUAAAUGAUUUAAUUGGCUGGUGUUUGUCUUACUAAUCAGUAGGAACUGAUAUUACGAACUUACUGUGAGGAGUCUGUAAUGCAAGUAUUCCAAAGAAGCGCAGUGAGCAGGCUGCUGAGAUCCAGUCCUCCCAGCAGCAGGGGUGUGGGCUCUGCUGGUCCAGUCCUCCCAGCAGCAGGGGUGUGGGCUCUGCUGGUCCAGUCCUCCCAGCAGCAGGGGUGUGGGCUCUGCUGGUCCAGUCCUCCCAGCAGCAGGGGUGUGGGCUCUGCUGGUCCAGUCCUCCCAGCAGCAGGGGUGUGGGCUCUGCUGGUCCAGUCCUCCCAGCAGCAGGGGUGUGGGCUCUGCUGGUCCAGUCCUCCCAGCAGCAGGGGUGUCGGCUCUGCUGGUACAGUCCUCCCAGCAGCAGGGGUGUGGGCUCUGCUGGUACAGUCCUCCCAGAAGCAGGGGUGUGGGCUCUGCUGGUCCAGUCCUCCCAGCAGCAGGGGUGUGGGCUCUGCUGGUCCAGUCCUCCCAGCAGCAGGGGUGUGGGCUCUGCUGGUACAGUCCUCCCAGCAGCAGGGAUGUGGGCUCUGCUGGUACAGUCCUCCCAGCAGCAGGGGUGUGGGCUCUGCUGGUCCACCUGAGACAGCAGCACUGUCGUCUCACUGUCUUCAGCCUUAUUGCUGCGCCUGCAGGAUGGUGUGCGCCUGCAGGAUGGUGUGCGCCUGCUUGUUGUGGUUUUACAGACUGCUUGUGUUUGAGCAUGUUGGUGUGUGUGAGUGCAUGAGAGAGAAAGCGAGAAUGAAAGUUAGUUUUACAGACAGAGCAAGCUAAAACAAAUGAGGUGCCUCAUGGGAAAAGUCAAAGGUGUAUGUGUGCGAGUGCAUGUGAGUUUAAAAGCCACUUUGUGAUCCCAUUUGGCAAAGCCAUGCCCUCAGAUAGCCGUGGGUGUCUGGUGCAGGGCUGUCCACUGUCUGGAUCUCUGUCCUGGAUGUUCAUCACUCACUAAACAUUACUCUGGUCAGCACAGGUACUGAAGAAGACGUCUGGUAUUCUCAAGAGAAACAUGCUAUCAUACCUGCUGGACAGCACUUUGUACUUAUUAUACCUUCUUUUUUUCCUAACCAAUAUUUUUAAAAGUUUAUUUAAAAUGAUGUGUUUGGAAAUAUAUUUUGAUAACUAUUAAGAUGUACCUCUUUGAACCUAGAUGUGAAAUUAGAUUCCUUUUCCAGAAACACUGAUGGGGUAAAAGAUGUGCCAGUGAUGUGGCUUUGUCCCGGUCAGACGGGGGUUUGCCCCGGUCAGACGGGGGUUUGAAUGGGGCUGUUUUAACUGUCGCAGGUCUUGUUUUAUUGGCGCAUGUGCACCUGAGAUCAUUCAAACUGCUCACCUACUGAAGAGAAGCCGGUGUGAUGGGAGGGUUUUCUUGAUUUGGCUGCGUUGCCUGAGGUGGCCUUAAAUGUUGGGCGGUGCUGGUGUUCUGUGUGCCGGUCUCCUGGCGUGUGGAAGCACGUAGAGAGACGGCAGCGACCAGACGCCGGGGAAGACUGAACUUCAGGGCUGAUUCUGUUUUGCCAACAUGUCCUUCGUCCUCAUCAGAGAUUGUAUCGUCCGUCAUUAUUUUGUGUUGUUCCAAAUCGAACGGUCUGAGAUUAAAAGCUAAAUCGAAAGAGUUCUGUCCAUUUUGGUUUUCCUUCAUAUGUACUGUGCUCUGAGAACAAAUGUUUGUGGCCUUUUAAUUUAAGAGGGGAAAGGAAGGGUUCAUUUUUUAUCUUGGGUUGAUGGAUUUAGUAACUGUUGUAACUGGCCGAAGAAUGUUCUUGUGUCUUGUUAUAGAAUUAAUGAAAACAGUAUGAAAUGUCUAUUGAAAAAAGCUUUAAAUUUGCGGUGCUGCCUGAUUAUAGCAAAAUUAACCCAAAGAUGAACUAGCUAACAGUGUUACUCUUAAUUGGUUUACAGUUGUUUUGGGGGGAAAUCAUUUGCUUUUUAUGUCUAAAUUGUAAACAAUAUUGGUUGGUGUCAUAUUAAAGCUGUUUCCAGAUGA